AGACAACCGGAAGUGUUUUCUACAUCCGGAGAACAUGGCUACGUGCGUGAGGAGGACGCUGGUAGCCCUUCAUAGAGCAACAUGUAGCGGUUUGAAGAGUGCUGAAGCGUCUCUGGAUAUGCAGUUACCCGUCCCGCUUUUCCUGCCGGUCCGGACAAAGAGGCGGUUCUUCAUCCCUCCAGCAGUGGGGUCAAAGGGGAGUAAGACACAGAACGUGGAGGCUAAGGCCCGAGCGGCAGGUGUCGUUGUCAGACAGGAGUACAUGGAGAGGCCCAUCAACAUCUCCUGCACUGCGGGAAUCUUCGACCCCUACGUCCCCCCAGAGGGCGAUGCUCGUCUUUCCACGCUAUCUAAAGAAGGCCUGAAACAACGAGCAGAACAGAUACGACAGAGCGCUGCCUCACAGCUGGCGAUUCGUAAAAUCAAAGACCACGACUCAGACUUCUCAACUAAGGCUUUUGCACAGCAAGCACAAGAAAUCUUCGUUGAGGCUCACAACGCCCUGGCACAGUUUAACAAGGAGAAACUCCACUCCUUGGUAACAGAAAGGUGCUACCCUGAGAUGACGAGAGGGAACCGCUACAAGACGAUCCACUGGACGUUCGUCGAGUCCCUGGAGCCGCCCAGAGUGGUCCACGCCCGCUGCCCUGAAAUGGUCAGCAAAGGCAACCUGUACGGCCAAGUGACUGUGCGCAUGCACUCCAAACAGACUCUGGCCAUCUACGACCGCUUCGGGAGGCUGAUGGUGGGCAGUGAGGAGCAUCCGAAGGAUGUCUUGGAGUAUCUGAUCAUAGAAAGACACCUUGUUAACCCCUACGGCCGAUGGAGGCUACAUGGAAAAAUAGUACCGUCCUGGGCUCCUGCCAAAGACCCAGUUAUCAAGACUGUGAUGAUUCCUGGUCCGGACCUGAAGCCCUGGGAAGAAUCUGAUGCCCUCAACUACGAAGUUCCCAAACCGGCAGCAGUGCAGUGGUAUAAAUAGACCACAGGGUGGCGCUGCUCUCAUUAAACAGGACAUUAUCACCAGUCAGGGGCCAAAUGCUGUUUAAAAUUUGGCUGUGGCUGUUUAGUUUGUCCACUUUGGCAGAAACCACGUUUCCUUUGGAGGCUGUUUGGAAAAGGCUCUUGGCUGCUGAAACAGAGGACGCAGCAGGUGUGUUUCAGGAUGAACAAACUGCCGUGUCCUGGAGCCAAGAAAUCUGCUUCUUACGCCCCAAAAAAAUAACCAAACUACCAUCUGGAAUCAUAACAACAGCUCUUUUUAUGACUUUAACAUCAGCUGUGUUUCACACAUUUCUUCAUGUGGCUACUUUAAUGUGCACAUGUAUAAAAAAUAAAGUGCACAGAUCGCGCAGAAAUUGAAUGGUUUAUUUCUGUGAUGGAAAUACUGCAUGUUGACCUCAGGAAAUACAAAAAUAAAGUGUCCCAUCUGCUUUUCCUCA